CAUCACUGUUUAUCGAAAGCAUCUUCUUACCAAAUCGCAAACCAAUAAUAAGUGUAAUUUUUAAUUAAUUUUCUCGGAGCAAACAAAAAGAUAAUAAAUAUUUAUAGGGAAACGAAACAGAUCCGAAAUUAUCCUCUAACCCUUCAAAAGUGCAACGUAAUAAGCAGCAUCGAAUCAAGAAGUGAAAAAUAACAGACACGAGAAAAAUAGAGUGGAAAAAAAGAAAGGCGUAAAAAUACGAUACAUAAAUUUUACACAACAGAGGAAAAAGAAUUCCAGUGACAAAAUUGGAGCGAAAAAACAAAAACAGGAAAAGAAAAUAGUGCAAAAUUUGCUUGGAUAAUACACAACAACAAACGUACGAUCAAAAUAAUAUAGUUUUUGUUUUGGCGAAAAAAAAGUUCAUUGCUCAGUAGUAGUGCAUCAUCGUUGUUGCCGUUGUCGUCGCAGAGCACAGCAGACUUCGUUGUUGUCGACGCUAGACUUUGCCACACAUAGCAAAACAUUGCAACAACAAAAACAACAGCAGAUCAAGGACACCUGACGACUGAACUGACGACCUCGCCGUUGUUGUUGGUUGGAGGAGGUUUUUUUUUGUUCUCAUCUCCACUGUGAGGCUGUAGAGUCGUUUGGUGAGAGAGCAAACAACAGCAAUCCCAGGACACAUCUCAUUUCGGACUUCAUUGCGUUAUGGCUGUUAAGCAAAACAACACUGAGUCGAAUGGUUCAUCAGCGGAUGCUAAUCAAGUGAAUGGCACCGGUGUAAAAGCUACCGGGACAAUAACGAAAUCGAAGAAAAUGAAUGCAAAUGGGGCAAAUAGCGAUGGCGGUGGGGGUGGUGGCCUUAACCCAUCCGGUUUGGGUGUAACGAGUAAUGCCGAAUUGCCCGGCUGCAGCGGCAAUACAGGAGCCUUUGCUAAGGCAAAAAAGCUAAAUGUCUCGGCAUCACCCAAUGUGGGUGGUGGUGUAGCCGGUAGCAAUUCCACACCAAUGGCAUCUCAAACCACUGAUAUUGCCCAAAUCUUGCAAUUGAUCGAAUUUGUCGAAAAGAAACAACAAGAAAUGGAUUUGAGCAAGAAAAUGAUGGAGAUAUAUAGCCAUUUAAUAUGGAAAUUGGCGCGGGUACAAAUACCGCGACAAUCGGCAGCGGACUUGAAACGCUUCAAAGAUGACAUGGCCAAGGUGGGGGCAUUUUUUGCCAAAAACAAUGAAAAGGUGAUCUAUUAUCACACCUUCUUGCCACUGGUAUGUGAAUUGAUUACCAUGAGCGAUGGUGAACAACCCUCGUGUGCUCUGGCCGUGAUAUUUCAACUCUUCAGUACGGAUAUGAUUCUUGAGGCUGUGCAAUCGCUGCUCGAUGUCGAUGUCCCAGAUCAGAGUAUACGCAAAACAGUGGGGCUACUGUGUGAAUGGUUGCGAAUUUGUAACUUUUGUCAAAAUCUCAAUAUUUGGAUAAUGGCCAUUUUGAAUGGCUUGCAGAAGCAGCAAAAGACAACCUUGGUGGAUCAAAUUGCAUUGGAGAAUAUUGAUCAAUUGUUUUCAUCGUUAAUUGUGCCAGUGUUAAGGCCCAAAGUGGCACCAAUUGUAUUUCAUAUGUUGUCUACAGACCAAACACCUGAGGUGUUCCAUAAGAUCAUACCUCGUUUUCCCCGAGUCAUAACAAUGCUGAAACAGCAAUCCAAUAGUUCCGAAGAAUAUGCCGAAAGCACCAAGGCCAUACUGAAGCAAUUGGUAGAUAGAGCAAGUGCAUUAAUGGUUAGAUUUUUCCGUUAUGAUGACAUGUAUGAACCAAUUGAGUUGGCCCUGAAAGAUUUCCAACCCUCCAGUAACUAUUUAAGUUAUGCCUAUGGCAAUAAAACUUUCGAUUCGACGGGUGUUGAGAACUAUUCAAAUCAAGGCAAUGCCAAAGUGGGUUUGGUCAACUUGGGCAACACCUGCUAUAUGAACAGUGUUCUGCAGGCAUUGGCCAUGACAAAAGAAUUUACCCGUGAAAUCCUUCUAUCCGAAUCCAAGUCCCCACUAUUGAUAAAAAUGCAACAACAAAUAGCUUUAAUGCUCUAUUCUACCCGCCAAGAACUGACACCAUCCAAGGUGUUGAAUGCCACAAGACCACCAGGAUUUUCACCGGGUCUACAACAAGAUAGUUCGGAGUUUUUGGGUUAUCUUUUGGAGACAUUACAUGAACAGGAAAUUACCUUCAAUAAGAAAGCCAAUAAGAACAAUGAACUCAGCUCACCCUCGGAUUCAAGGGGGGCAUCGGCUUUAUGUCAACCAAAUGGCAAUGGUGGCGAUAAUAAUGGUCUUGGUGAUGAUGAAGACGAUCUAGACGACGAUGAUGUAGAGCUCAAAGAGGCUGUCGAACCUAAAAAGUCAACAAAUAGCCAAAACAUAUCCACGCAAGCCGCCGAUUCCUUAUGCACACAAACCACAAAUACUAAAGACAAUACUUUAAAACAUUCAAACUCCAAACAUCUAUCGCAUGCAGCAGCCGGUUCCGCCUCCGCAACGGCAUCUCCUGCAUCAGCUGCUGCAACAACAUAUUCGACAAUCGAAAAGACAUUCACCGGCAAACUGGCCACCACCUAUAAAUGUUUAACAUGCGGCUGGAAAAGUUGCAACAUCGAUAGCUUUCGUGAUUUACAGCUAUCCUUUCCCGAUGUUAAAAAUGAUUGUGCUUCCAAUUAUUCAGUACAGGACCUCAUUGAAUACUAUUGUUCAUCGGAAAAACUCUAUGGUGAUAAUCAAUAUUUUUGUGAACGCUGCAAGAAACUAUCGGAUGCUGAACGUUAUAUAAAUGUUAUAAGUGCGCCAAAGAAUCUAAUAUUGACACUGAAACAUUUUAAAUAUGAUCAAAAAUAUCAUAUGCGUGCCAAAUUGAUGCACAAGGUAUUUCAUGAUGAAAAGGUAUCCCUUAAAGUGUGCUCACCCGAAACCCUCGAAGAAAUUUCCACCGUACAUUAUGACAUCUAUGCCGGCGUUGUACAUUCCGGUUUUAGCAUGGAUUCUGGACACUAUUACACAUAUGCAGCCGAUGCCACAAAUAAAUGGUACAAAUUCAAUGACAGCAUUGUAACGCCAUCACGUACCGAAGAAUUGCACAAUUUAACACCACCCAAUACACCCUAUAUACUGUUCUAUCAAAUGGGAGCGAGAUCGAAUGAAACACCCGACACAUCGGCAUCGACAAAAGUCAUUAAAGUCGAUGUACCGUCGCUGUUGACAUUGGAAGAAUUACCUCGCGAUCUAAGGGACAUGGUUACCCACGACAACUAUGCAUUCUCGGAAGAAUUAAAAAUGCGACGAUUCAAGGCUAAUGCAGUGUUGGCAAAUUCAAAUCAGGGUGUUAAUAACAAGAACAAAGGCUCACGACGAGAUAGUUUUGAUGAUGAUGACGAAGAACAACCACCGCCGGCCAGUGGUUGUGGUGGCAAUAGUAUGCUAAAUAAUAUGAAUAGGUUUGUAUAUUAAAAGCAGGCGAAAAUCAAGAACCACAACAACGGAAGUGAAGAUUCCUUAUUAUAAAUGUCCUUUAGCUCUAUUCUCUGUUGCCUUUUUGUAAUGUUUAUAAAUAACAACCACAACAAAAAAGAACCCUCUCUUUAAAAAUUAUAUAUUUCCUUUAAAUUUUUUCUUUUAAACUUCUUAUGUUAUUAUUAACUAUGUUAUUCUUAUAGGAAAAGUACUUGAUUGAUUUGUACUUUAAAUGUAUGAAAGAACCCCAAGCGAAAAACAACAAAAAUAUUGAGAAUUACAACAAACAAAUGAUUUUUAUAAGUUUAAUUUUAUACAUCAUAAAACAAAAAAAAAAUGAAAGAGAAAAAUUACAUUUUUUGUACUAUAUUGUUUAUUAUUUUAUGAAUACAUCAUAGGAAAGCUACUUUCAUAGACCCCUCCCCAAAACCGCCUCACAUUUAAUAUUAUAAAAAAAAAGAAAAUUCAUUGUAGAAACCAAAGUCCUUGUUAAUUCAUUUUUUAAAAAAUCUCUUAAUUACUCCCACCAAUAAUUAUUAAAUUCAUCAACAUCAAACCCCUCUUCCUUUUUACAGAACAAUAUGUCAAAACUGUCUGAAUAAUUAACCAAAAUGGCCAGGAUAUUUCAUGAAAGAAGUUCGGGUUUUUGCAUGAGAAUGGAGUGAAAUUCAUGUUCGCCAUUUAUCUCGCUUGCAAUUCAUAAGCUGGGCUUUUCUUUCAUAAAAUACCUGUAUCUAACUCCCUAAGAAAGUUAGUUUUGAGAUUAGUUUUUUUUGUAAUCCUAUGGCCUAGUAGCUAGUUAGUUUACAAGGAAAAUAUAAAAAUAAUUUGGUUAAUUUUAACAAUUUUUUAAUACAGGCAUCCCACUCCUAGGCAUACCAUAACUUAUAUGAAAAAAAUACCACAUAGAAUUUAUAUAUAAAAAAUAAAUUAAAAAUUAAUGGCAAGGAAUCAUACAGUUAAUCCCUCUAUCAAUUCCCUACAGGGUAUUGCAAUUAAAUUGUAAUACUUUUAUUUAAAACUAUUAAAAAUUAUUAUUCUAAAAACAUAAGCAUAAAAAAUAAUUAUUCAAGAAAAACAAAACAACCAUUUAAAAUUUAAAAAUUACGAAUAAAAAAUCAUAUAAAUGUAAUUUAAGUUUAAUCAAGAAACAAAAAAAAACUAAUAAUAAAAAAACAUUAUCAUAAAAUAUGAAAAAAAUAUAUAUAUUUAUUAAAACACAAAAAGUUUAUUAAAAACGUCCCCGUUUCCCUUGUUUAUUUUUUAUGUUUUUCUCAUAAAAGUUUUAUUUAAUUUAAUACAUUUAUAUAUUCCAUGUUAACAUUUUUUUUCGUACCGUGAGCGAGAUAUGGUAGUUACAAAUAGAAUAAACCAUGAAUUGAAUGUGAAUUAAAAGAAAUUUUAAAAUAAAGACUGGUAUACAAAAACAAAACAAAAAAUCUAAUCCAAAAAAAAAAAAAAACACAAACAAACAAAUUGGAUUUAAGAGAUUUGAUGAAUGUAUUGAUUUAAAAUUAAGAAAAAAAUGAGAAAACCAAUAUGGCAAACACAAAACAUUUAUAUGGUGGAAAAAAGACGACGAGCACGUUUAAAACAAAAUAAAAAUUCCUUCGAUAAAAACAAACUAAAAACUAAAA